CGUCAUAAUAGAUUUCAAUGAUUUCGUUUAGUGUUAUUAUCGCUGAAUAUUGUUAGUUUAAAUUCAAUUUAGUUUGAAAAAAAUGGAGACUCUAAAAUCGGCACGACCUUUAACAAGCAGACCUUUAACUUCUGCCCAUCAAAAUAUAACCAAUACAGGUCUGAUUGCACCGAAAUCAUCAAGAGGUAAAACUGCUCUUCGAAGACAGAUUCAAGACAAAAGCUAUUUUAUUGGAUUACUACGAAUGAAAAUAAACGAAUUGAAUGCGGAAAACAAUUCAUUGCUUCGAGAAUGUGAAAUCAUGACAAAAGAAGAAGCUCGAAUAGGUGUGUAUCGACAAAAGGCUGAAACUUUUGCUCGUGAAUUGAACGACCUAACUUUGGAAUUGAUGACCUACAAUGAGUUUGUCGAUCGUACAAGAAUCGAUGACGAAAUGUCAGCCGUCAAAGAUGAUACCAAUGAAAUUAAACAUGAAAAUGAGGCAUUGAUUGCUAAUCUUGAAAACGAUUAUGCCAAGUUACGAGAUCUUGAGAAUGUUAUCAAACGAAACGAUGAAAAACUCAAAGAAGUUCAAAAGCUGAUUAGUAUAGUUAAAAACAAGUUCAGUGAAACGCAGAUAAAGGAAUUUGAUCUCAUGCAAACUAUGAACAAUGAAUUGACUAAGGAAUGUCAUCUACUUGAACAAGAAAUAAGCCUUUGGCGAAUGAAAAAGAAUGAAAUCGAAGAGAAAACCGUUAGGGAUGGAAACAUCAUGAAAAUGGAAUUGAUUAAAGCAAUUACAAAACUCAGAAAUCUAGAGAAGCAAAAGAAUAAAUUAUUGAAUGCAGAAGAUUCGGAAGAGAAUGAACGCAAGCAUCUUCUUGCCCAAGUAAAACGUGACAAUAAUUAUAUUAAUUCGUUGACCAAUCAAAUGGAACAAUUGAAUACCAGUCUAAAUCAAAUCAAAAGUGAAAUCGAAUUUUAUAAAGAUGGAGAUAAAUUACUUAAAUUUUCCGAUCUACGACAACAAGACAAAAUCUUUGAUGAUUUCAUGAUCGACUAUAAUAAUCGAAAGCGAACAUUAAUUGAUGAACUUGAAACGAUCAAUCAUGAAAUCAAUGAUACGACCAAUAAAUUAUCACGAUACCUUAAGUAUUUGAAUAUUAUCAAACGAAUGCGUAACGAUACAAAUAGUGUGUAUGAUAUGUCGAACGAAAUUAUCAUACAGAAACGAAAACUCGAAUUGGAAAUUUACAAAAACACUCAAGCAAAAGAAAAAGCCGAACUGGAAAAGGAAACGUUAUCGGCACGUAUCUCUAAGCUAAAUGAAGGAAUAAAAUCCUAUUCGGAUGUCGCAGGAUUAAAAUCCCAGGUCGAAUCAAAACUCAAAACUGUUAAACAGAAUUCAGAAACCGUACGAGGUGUGAUACAGUCAUUAAAAAUCGAUAAGGAUAAAAUGGCAAGUGAAGCAAAAGAAAUUGAAUUGAAAAUGGAAAAAGAUGAUAAUCAUAGGCAAAUAGUUGCGCUGGAAAAAGAAUUGAGUCAAAUAUUGCUUAUCAAUAAUAAGUUGAAAGAGAAUGACAACAGCCAAAUGAUAAGCGAGAUGAAAGCAAUGAUAUUGGAUAAUGUGAAAAAAUAUAAUCAAAGUUUGAUAGGAUUUUGAAUGGCAAAUAAAACGGAUGUUUAUUAGUAAUCAUUUUUAUAUUA